GAUUCGAGAGGUGAUUUUCACCAUUCUAUCCAUCUCUGUCGGUUAAUUGUUGCAGGGAUACAACAAAGACACAGAGGGGGUCAAAAUGUGGUGUAAGAUUCCGGGGUCUCCCUAGCAGCUUCGGUCUUUAACAAACAGAAGAAGAGAAUGCGAGUUCGAGUCUCCGUGGACACAUUCUCCCUCCAAAUCCCGCUCCUUCUUUUUCCUUCUUCGACAAAAACCGACAAACAUCAACUGGUAGCUAAAAGCUUCAACUAGUACUUCUUGCCAAACCCUAAAAAUUUCCAAAACCCCCCAUCCCCAGAUUAUCAAAUCUCAUCCCUAUUCAAACUCCCCGGAUUCGCAAACUAGGGUUGUGAAUUUCAUCUACAAAACCAAACAAGAUGUCUUCAAACAAGAGAAAAUUUGGGUUUGAAGGAUUCGGGAUUAAUAAACAAGCAACAUACAAUUUUGAAAUAUCCCAACCGCCACAAAGACUUUAUGUCCCUCCAUCAUCAUCAAAUAAUCCUCAUGAUAAUUACGAAGAUCAUGAUCUUGAUGACAUCGAUUACCACGAAGAAAGAGAUGAAGGGAAUGAUGUUAGUGGUGGUGGUGGUGAGAAUGGUGGUGGUGAUGAUGAAAUUGAUCCAUUGGAUGCGUUUAUGGAAGGAAUUCAUGAAGAGAUGAAAGCAGCGCCGGCAAAAGAGAAAGAGAAAGUGCUGGUGGGGAAGUAUGAUGAUGAGGAAGAGGAUCUAAUGGAGAGUUUUUUAAGAGCUAAGAAAGAUAUUGGAUUAACAUUAGCUUCUGAUGUAUUAAAAGCUGGAUAUGAUUCUGAUGAAGAAGUUUAUGCUGCUGCUAAAGCUGUUGAUGCUGGUUUGAUUGAUUAUGAUUCUGAUGAUAAUCCUAUUGUUGUUGCUGAUAAGAAGAAAAUUGAACCUAUUCCUGCUUUAGAUCAUAGUUCUGUUGAUUAUGAACCCUUUUGUAAGGAUUUUUAUGAAGAAAAGGAGUCUAUUUCAGGAAUGAGUGAGCAGGAUGUUGCUGAAUAUCGAAGAAGUUUGGCGAUACGUGUUUCAGGAUUUGAUAUUAGCAGGCCAGUUAAGAGUUUUGAAGAUUGUGGAUUUUCAACUCAAGUGAUGAAUGCUAUUGCGAAACAAGGGUAUGAAAAGCCAACACCAAUACAAUGUCAGGCUUUUCCUAUUGUGCUUUCUGGGAGAGAUAUAAUUGGUAUUGCAAAGACCGGUUCUGGGAAAACUGCUUCGUUUGUUCUUCCCAUGAUUGUGCAUAUAAUGGAUCAGCCUGAACUUGACAGAGAAGAAGGUCCCAUAGGAGUAAUAUGUGCACCUACAAGAGAAUUAGCACAUCAGAUAUAUUUGGAAGCAAAGAAAUUUUCAAAAUCCCAUGGAAUUCGGGUAAGUGCAGUUUAUGGUGGAAUGUCUAAACUUGAUCAAUUUAAAGAACUAAAAGCUGGUUGUGAGAUAGUUGUUGCAACUCCUGGGAGACUGAUAGACAUGCUAAAGAUGAAGGCGCUAAAUAUGUCGAGAGCAACAUAUCUUGUUCUGGAUGAAGCUGAUCGAAUGUUUGACCUCGGUUUCGAACCACAAAUUAGAUCAAUUGUUGGUCAGAUAAGACCAGAUCGUCAGACCUUACUCUUUUCAGCAACCAUGCCCCGCAGAGUUGAGAAGUUAGCUAGGGAAAUCCUCUCGGAUCCUAUAAGAGUUACCGUAGGUGAAGUUGGUAUGGCUAAUGAGGAUAUCACUCAAGUUGUUGAUGUGAUUAUUUCAGAUUCUGCAAAAAUGCCUUGGCUUCUUGAGAGGCUGCCUGGGAUGAUAGAUAAUGGAGAUGUUCUAGUGUUUGCAUCCAAGAAAGCUACAGUUGAUGAGAUUGAAACCCAGUUGGUGCAAAGGGGUUUUAAGGUUGCUGCACUGCAUGGUGAUAAAGACCAGGCUUCCCGAAUGGAAACCUUGCAGAAGUUUAAAUCGGGGACUUACCAUGUUCUCAUUGCCACUGAUGUUGCUGCUCGUGGACUCGAUAUUAAAUCCAUAAAGUCUGUAGUGAACUUUGACAUUGCCAGAGAUAUGGAUAUGCAUGUCCAUCGUAUUGGUAGAACAGGUCGGGCUGGAGAUAAGGAUGGUACAGCCUACACUCUUAUUACGCUGAAGGAGGCUCGCUUUGCUGGGGAACUUGUCAACAGUCUAAUUGCUGCUGGUCAGAACGUCUCUGUUGAGCUCAUGGAUCUUGCUAUGAAGGAUGGAAGAUUCAGAUCCAAACGUGAUUCGAGAAAAGGAGCUGGGUCAGGUGGUGGGAAAAAAGGUAGAGGAAGGGGAGGCGGCGGUGGAAGCGGAAAAGGUGUGCGUGGUGUGGAUUUUGGUCUUGGUAUUGGAUAUAGUACAGAACCAGCAAACCCACCAUCUCAAUCUGUUCCAAGUAGAUCAGCAGCUAAUAAUGUGGUUAGAAGUGGAAUGAUGUCCCAGUUCAAGAACAGCUUUGUAGCGGCAACAUCUAAUUCUCAAAAUCAAGGCAGCAGUAACAAUACAAACUACACUGCCAGUAGGCCAGUUUUACGUGGUUUUGUUUCUGGUGGUUUAAUAGGUGGGGACAUAAAGACAAAUAGUUCAUUUAGCCCCACUCCUCCUAAUCCAGGAGUAAGCACCGCUGCUGGGAAUUCCAGAGAUAGUAGUCAGAAGAAUGUAGAAGGUUCUAAAGAAAAACCUAGAGAGAGACGUAGACCAUCUGGUUGGGAUCGGUAAAUCAUGCCAAUGUAUGACUACUUUGCCAAUGAUUGUGAAAUUUUUAUAUGACACAAAGAUGCAUGUUGGUACAACCUAUGUCUGUAUGACGUUGCCCUCUAAAUCAUUCCUGCGUUUUAGUACUGUUCAUGUGUAGUAUUAGCUUUUUUCCCUUACAAUUUAGAUGAUCUCAUUCAUGAUAGCAGUAUGUUAUUUAUUCUCUAUCAUUCUUUGUUAUUUUUGAAGUAUUGGGAAUUAUCAGUAGGUUUAUAGCUGUAGGUGAUUUUAAACCGAAUUGUACCAUCAGAACAAGAAACAAAGUAAUGCCCAGGUUUUUUUCUUCUUCUUUUUGUCAA